AUGGUGAGUUCAGAUAGUUCAGAUAAGAACGGUGAAGGAACAGGGGGUAAGAAUGGUGAAGGAACAGGGGAUAAGAAUGGUGAAGGAACAUGGGUUAAGAAUUCCGGUGAAGGAACAGGGGGUAAGAAUGGUGAAGGAACAUGGGUUAAGAACGGUGAAGGAACAUGGGUUAAGAACGGUGAAGGAACAUGGGUUAAGAACGGUGAAGGAACAUGGGUUAAGAACGUCGCCUUCACCUUGGCUGUCUUGGCCGGUGGUAAAGGAUUACUGCCUUGGAUGCACCUUGUAUUUGAUCCGGUACUCAUUACAGUCAUUGACUCCUAA